AUGUUGAAUGGGGGAAUUGGUAACAACAACAACAAAAAUGAGGAUGGGGGAGGAGGACCUCUUGCUGCUCGUAUGCGCAUUACUGACCCAAUGUUGCAAGCUGAAUGGGCCAAAAAACGUCUCAUUUGGGUUCCACAUGAAACUGAAGGUUUUGUAAAAGCAUCGAUAAUUAGUGAGGAUGCUGAUACUUAUACUGUUGAAUUUGUUGAGAAUGGACAUCAAUUACGUUUAAGUAAAGAUGAUUGUCAAAAAAUGAAUCCUCCAAAGUUUGACAAGGUUGAGGAUAUGGCUGAUCUCACGUGCCUUAACGAGCCUUCAGUUUUUGACAAUUUAAAGCAGCGUUAUUAUUCUGAAUUAAUUUAUACAUAUUCUGGGUUGUUUUGUGUUGUUAUGAAUCCAUAUAAAAAAUUGCCAAUUUAUUCUGAGGCUGUAAUUGAGUCUUAUAAAGGAAAGAAACGUAAUGAACGUCCACCUCAUGUUUUUGCUAUUGCUGACUGUGCUUAUAGAUCGAUGCUUCAAGAUCAUGAAGACCAAUCAAUUUUGUGUACCGGAGAAUCGGGUGCAGGCAAAACAGAAAAUACUAAAAAAGUAAUUCAAUAUUUGGCUCAUGUUGCUGGGGCUACAAGGCUUGGACAUCAUAAUAAAUUAGUUAAUACCUCAACUUCCAACGGUCUUUUGUGUUCUUCUCCAGCUAGAAGCCAUUCUAGUGUUGAUCAGAUUAAUUUGGUUGGGGAAUUGGAACAACAACUUUUACAGGCAAACCCAAUAUUGGAAGCUUUUGGAAAUAGCAAAACUGUCAAAAAUGAUAAUUCUUCGAGAUUUGGAAAAUUUAUUCGAAUCAAUUUCGAUUUGGCUGGUUAUAUUUCUGGUGCUAAUAUUGAAUUUUAUUUGUUGGAAAAAUCUCGUACAUGUCGUCAAGCAAAUGAUGAGCGUUCAUUUCAUGUAUUUUACCAAUUUUUGCGUGGAACUUCUGCAGAGGAAAAAGGUUUUGGAUUUUUCAAAUUAUUUUUGAAUUAA